CACGGCCACGAAGACAAUUGGGAAGCAAUCGAAAAAUAGAGUAAAAUUAUUGCUUUUAACAUCAUAUGAUACGACGAGACAAUGGAAUAAUACUGAUACUGAUUCAAAGAUUGAGAUUGCUACCGAUAUGAGCGGACAAACCCUCUCGGAACGGCUGGCGAAUCUUAGCAACAGCAAGAGCUACGUGUUUUUGGGGAGAGGAGGAAGCGGAAGCAACAGCAACAGUAACAACAACAUCACCGACAUCUCGAAGAAAGCAACGGCAAGAGCCAGUCGGUCAUCCUACACAGCGAAUUUGUCACGGGACGACUUUUUAAUAUUCGAAUUGCAGUCUCUGCCUCGUCAGGACAAAAACGACAACAAUAAUACUCUGAUAAAUGAUUCCUCCGAUUACUCGAUCGUAUACCACCAUUGGACACUGAGACAAUUGUAUCGACACGUUGUGAGCUCCAUCAGGAUUCGAUCUACAGAUCCCGUACCUCAUUCUCUGAAAAGCUCAACAGUUGCAACGCCGAACGCCACGACAACGUCCGGUGCAUCCACUCACGACAAUGACUCUGUCCAUACCGAUGUACCUCGUAACAAGAGCUCCAGCACGCAUAAUCGAACCGCCUCGACGCAACGGCGUCAACAUUCCACACCAGCAGUUUCUCGGAACAAUCAUCGGCGGCAAACCAGUCACGACUCCCACCCGAGCCACCACAGCCAUCAGUAUCACCACGGAAGUCAACCGCAUGCUCCGAUCCCACCGCCCAAGCUCUUGGGAUCGAAUCUCCAUCCCCGAGACAUGCGCCGGCUUGUGACGCCAUUUUCGGCCUCAAAUGAACCCGAGUUAAUUGUGCGACGGCACGUCAUGGUCUUCAAUUGCGAUCCACUCCGAGCCAUUAUUACUAGGGAUCGCCUCCUCGUGCUGGUUCCCAUGGGAGCAGAUUCGGUCCUCAAAAAACUCGAGGAACGAAUCGUUGGGAACCGUUUCGAAUACGAUGAUUACGAUGAAGAACCCGAGGAAACGAGAGAUCUGGAAGCAUUGGAGUCAAAAUCCGAAUCUGCAGAGAAAACCACCACCGAGGAUUCCGGCAUUGUCUUUGAGAGCGACCUAGAUUCAAAUGACGAGAACGAUGUUGAAAGCGGAUUUUGCGAAGAUAACAGUGCAAAGAAGAACGAGGUUUACGAUGAGAAUGCAAUCGACCAUGAUGAUAUCCCCACGGUGGCUUCCGACGAUUGGUCGGAUAUGAUAAGGAUGGAAAUGGACCAACAAAAGGAUUUGACCUUUGAAUUGCUUUGCGUGAACGCGUGUCUUUCUACGGUCUUUGAAAUGCUGGCGGACGACACCGCAGAAUUGCAAGAGAAGGGCCUCAAAUACGUUCAGAAUCGAAUCAUUGGCAAUAGAAACGGGAGCAAUGGCAAGCUGCUGCGACCGGAGGAUUCACUAGCGGUCAUCCGCAAUCUCAAAAACGCCGUCCAGGUCAUGCAGGCUCGCGUGAAGGGAUUCGUUCAGUCCAUCGACCGCAUCUUGAACGAGGACGAGGAUAUGGCACUGAUGAACGUUUCGCGACUGGUCACAAAUCCUGAAAACUUUGUGCAGCCCGUGAGCUCGGAAAUGCUAGAAAUCGAAUCAGACGAACCCGAAUUGGUAUUGGAGUCGAACCUGAACAAUGCCCUGACGUUGUCUAAUGCGCUUGAUUUGAUACAGGGACAGGUCGAAUCUGCGAGGUGCGUACGUUGUAAAUUUUGCGCUUUGUUUGCUUGCCCAUGUGUUCCAAUGCUUUCGAGAUUUUGUCAUUGAUUUUUCGUUUUCAUCUUUCUUGACUAAUCCGAAGCGAUUUAAUCGAUGCGAGAAUGGAUGCUGCGCGAAACAAGUUCUUGCUAGCGAGUUUACUUAUGUCUAUCGCAUCACUAAGUUUGACAGUCUUGACGUGUGUUAGUGGCAUUUUUGGAAUGAACCUUUCCAGCGGUU